UGCUGAAAUCGGCUGCGGAAAGACGGCUCCGGCACGCCUUCCUUUUUCGCGGGUGGUUUUGCUCUCCUCCCGUGCAGACCAGCAGCUGCUACUACUGCUUCUCCUCUUCUCUGGAGCAACUAAAUCAGCCCGAAAAUCACAGCAGCUUCCAGCCUGUGGGAGAAACCAGGCUCGGGUCCUUAACGCCCAAUAGCCAGGCGAAAUGGCCUCUGCAAAUGACACCCGACAGAUGCCCAAGGAUGCUGCUGACCAAAACUUUGAUUACAUGUUCAAGCUUUUGAUCAUUGGCAACAGCAGCGUAGGCAAGACAUCGUUUCUCUUCCGAUAUGCUGAUGAUUCCUUUACUUCAGACUUUGUUAGUACUGUUGGCAUCGAUUUCAAGGUGAAGACUGUCUACAGAAAUGAAAAAAGAGUCAAGCUGCAGAUUUGGGACACAGCUGGCCAAGAGCGGUAUCGGACCAUCACAACAGCCUACUACAGGGGAGCAAUGGGUUUUUUACUCAUGUAUGAUAUUUCCAAUCAGGAGUCUUUCAAUGCUGUACAAGACUGGGCAACUCAGAUCAAGACUUACUCCUGGGAUAAUGCUCAAGUGAUUCUGGUUGGGAACAAGUGUGACCUGGAGGAUAAUCGAGUAAUACCCACUGAAGAUGGCAAGAGACUUGCUGAUGAACUAGGUUUAGAAUUCUUUGAAGCCAGUGCCAAGGAUAAUAUCAAUGUCAAGCAGGUCUUUGAGCGCUUGGUAGACAUAAUCUGUGAGAAGAUGAAUGAGAGCCUGGAUGCAAGCUCUGGCAUGAACAGCGCCAAUCACAAGAACACUGCCCUAAAGGAAGCAUCAGCUUCACAGUCCAACAGUUGUUCCUGCUAGACAGAACUUUGCCCACCACUGAGACUUGCAGUGCCUCGCUGCCCUACAUAAAUGAGGAGGAAGAUUCAGCAGAUUGCACAUCUCCUUUGACUGCUGGUUGGCUCAUCUCCCUGUUUGCUUCUGGCUGUGCCUGUUUGGCCUCUGACAGCAUGUACCAGUUGCCUCCCCUCCUCUUCUCUGCAGCAUGAUUGGCCUUUUCUGGCAAAGGAGUAUGAUUUCUUUUGCACUUCACUUUACACUCCCAGUGACAGGUCUUUGCAACCCAGACAAAUUGGGUCUCGCUCUGACGCUGUUUUUCUCUCCACUCUUUUCAAGAUUUUAGUGCCAAUUCUCUGAUUUGAUUGCUCUCACUUUGUGACUAGGAAUUGAGCAAUUUGUCUCAUAUUUAACCUGGAUCUACAUAAGGAUGUUUCCUCCCGAUCUUUCCUUUUUCCAGUUUAAAUCCUGCAUCAAUUUAACAUGCAUUUGAUUAAGUGUGCUGCGGUUCACAAAAUUUUAUGCCUUUUAAUAAAAAGUAUUUUUUAUUGGAAAGGGGCUAUGUUAUUCCUUUGGAUUUUCUGCCAAAUUCAGCCUUCUGCAAUUUUCUCAAUUCUGCAAUUCUGAUAGCAGGCUGCACAAUUUUUAAUGCACAAUAUUUCAGUGAGACAGAGAACAGAAAUAGAUAGUUUAAUGAAUGAGAAGGGAUUUUUAGACGCACACACCCCAAUUUUUUUUCAUUGGGGG